AUGGGCCGCUUCACGACCAUGAUCCUUUCCUGCCUCCACAACCUCCUCAUCCAACUCCCGCAGAACGGCUACCACAACAUCUCGCGCGUGGUGCAGCCCCAGAUGCGAAACAUAUCUGAGAGUUUCACCGUCGCGAACUCUACUGCACGGCGCGGUGCUGCCGCCCGCAAGGGGAAUGGAAUAGAGAUGCAGUCGAUGGCGCCCAAGGCCUCGAGGGAGGCGCCCACGAAGCAGGGUGCGGUCGUUGAAGGUACUCAAGUCCGAUAA